CGCGCCGCGGUGUAUUGUGGUUAACCUUGUUCCAAAAUGACGGAAAGAUACAGCUUUAGUUUAACAACUUUCAGCCCUUCGGGAAAACUAGUCCAAAUAGAAUAUGCUCUGGCAGCGGUUGCUGCAGGGGGACCCUCAGUUGGAAUAAAAGCAUCCAAUGGGGUGGUUCUUGCUGCCGAAAAGAAGCAGAAGUCAGUCCUUUAUGAUGACAGCACAAUAAACAAGGUAGAGAUGGUGACAAAAAGUGUUGGCAUGGUUUACAGUGGAAUGGGCCCAGACUACAGAGUUUUAGUGCGACAUGCAAGGAAGAUAGCACAGCAGUACUAUCUAAUGUAUCAAGAAGAAAUUCCAACAGCACAGUUGGUUCAAAAACUUGCAUCAGUUGUACAGGAAUAUACUCAGUCAGGAGGUGUUCGUCCAUUUGGUGUUUCUCUUCUUGUUGCUGGGUGGGAUGAUGACCGGCCUUACCUAUUCCAGUGCGAUCCAUCGGGUUCAUAUUUUGCAUGGAAGGCCACAGCAAUGGGUAAAAACUAUGUCAAUGGCAAGACAUUUCUAGAAAAGAGGUACAAUGAAAACCUUGAGCUAGAAGAUGCUAUUCACACAGCGAUCUUAACCCUUAAGGAGAGCUUUGAAGGCCAAAUGACAGAAGAUAACAUUGAACUAGGAGUUUGCAAUGAACAAGGCUUCCGUCGCCUCACCCCAGCAGAAGUGAAAGACUACCUUGCCUCCAUUAUUUCUUAGUAUAAAGAUUUUCUUAAAUAUUAUUCUCAAGUGCAAAUCUGUCUUCUCUCCGAUCUUGUCUUGGAAUUUUCCUGUGGUGAAAACUAUCAAUGUGUGAGGAUGUUGGUUAAAGUUGGUCUUCCUACUGGACACCAUCUGCACUUUUUUUUCUUUUUUUUUUU